AGUGAGUGGCGGGAGAUCGCGCUGCCGGGACGUGCUGCUGCCCCGCCUGCGUCGCUCGCGGGCAGUGCCGGGUCGCGUUGUGUUAGUGCGGUGCUCGCAACACCUGCACGUCCCUGACGGCACAGGCGCCUGAAUAUCCAACCGGAGGACGCAUAGGAAGAAGAUGUCCGAGGAACAGCUUCAUAUUCCAGCAAGAUUUUCAACACUGAGUGUGACUAAUGAUGGUUAAGGGCACCUGUUAAUGCGCUCGGUGGAUCAGUGCUGGAUUCGCUUCUGGAACACGUACGAAAGAAAUUUACAUUUCAUACUGGCGAUAUUUUCAAGUGUUGGCUCACUCGCUGUGGUUGACUCAGACACCUUCCUCAUUAAAGUAAGUGGACAAAUCGUUAUUUCCUGAGGGAUAAAGGGGACUUCCUGAUUAGGAAUUACACCUAUUUCCGUAUUGACAGAUACGCUAGAAGUAUGUUAAAGAGACUAUUUUACUUUUCAAGGGCCAGUUAAUAAUGUGGAAAUGUGUGAUGACAGGGUGCUCUCUUAUUGAGCUGCGGACAACGUAAAGAAGUCAUCUAAGCGCAGCAUAGUGUAAAUCGAUGUUCAACACUUAUCGUGGUUGUACCUUCGUGACUUGUAUGUGAACUGAGAGUGUAUAUAAGUGGCAACUGUAGGAUCUGCUGACUUGACGAGUGGAGGUAUAGUACCAGGGGAGAAUUUAAAAGGCCGGCACAGACCAGUAGGCUGGUGGAGCCCGGGCGGCGAUGCCCGCAGCUGGAGCAGGAGGGGCGGUCCGCGGCGGUGGCAGCGGGCAGCGAUGAGGCCCCGCGAUGAGGCCGCGCCGGCGGCAUGCCGCUAGCCCCUCCCGCCGCCGCCGCCGCCGCCGCCGCCGCCGCCGCCGUCGCUGCCGACGCCCGUCGCCGACGAGUGCUCGCGCCGCCAGUCCCGGCGCCCCACCCCCACCCCCAGCGCCCGCCGCUGCCGCUGCCGCUGCUAGCAGUGCUGCUGCUCGCGCUGGCCACCGUGUCGCCGCCUUGCUGCGAGGCCGGCCCGCGGUACAGCUCCCGCAUCGUGGAGACGCGGUCGGGCGCCAUCCGCGGGGUCAUCCUGCAGCUCAACUCGCGACACCUCGAGCCCGUCGAGGCCUUCCUCGGCGUGCCGUACGCCGCCCCCGCGACGCGCUUCUCACCGCCACAGCCGCCGCUCGCCUGGCAGGGCACGCGCCUGGCGGACACCUUGGGGCCGGUGUGCCCACAGCGGCCGCCAGACAUCUCGAACCGCACCGCGGCGCUCCUGAGGAUGCCCAGAGGUCGCUACCUGCAGCUGCGCAGGAUGCUGCCGCUGCUGCGGAACCAGAGCGAGGACUGUCUCUUCUUCAACCUCUACGUCCCUGCCAGCGGGAACAGAGGUCUGGAAGCUCCGUAUGCGGUGGUGGUGUACAUCCAUGGCGAGUCCUUCGAAUGGAACUCUGGAAAUCCUUACGACGGCAGUGUUCUGGCCAGCUACGGCCACGUCAUCGUCGUCACCUUCAACUACCGGCUCGGCAUUCUCGGGUUCCUGAGGACGCGCAGCGGGCCGAACGCGGCGGGCGACCUGGCGCUGCAGGACGCCGUGUCGCUGCUGACGUGGCUGCGGCUCAACGUGGCGGCCUUCGGCGGUGACCCGCAGCGCGUCACGCUGCUGGCGCACGACACGGGAGCCGCCCUCGCCCACCUGCUGCUGCUGCUGCCUGCUGCCAGGGGUCUGGUGACGCGCGCGGUGCUGCUGUCGGGGUCGGCGCUGAGCCCGUGGGCGUCGCCGUCGCCGGCGCGCCACGACGCUCUGCGGGCGCGCGUCGCGCGGCUGCUGGGCUGCGACCCCGGCCUGCCCGACGUGGCGCCGUGCCUGCGCGCGCAGCCGCUGGCGGCGCUGCUGUCGGUGGACGUGUCGCCGCCGCGCUUCCUGCCGCGCUUCGGGCCGUCGCCCGACGUGCCGCCCGGCCUGGCCACCGAGCGCGCCGCCGACCCCUUCGUCAGCUGCGACCUCAUGCUCGGCAUCACCAGCACCGAGAGCUACCUCGACUUCAGCGCCGCCGACAUCCAGUACGGCUUCGAGGAGGACGAGCGCGACCGCGUGCUGCGCACGUACAUCCGCAACACGUACGUGUACCACCUCAACGAGAUCUUCUCGGCGGUGCGCAACGAGUACACGGACUGGGACAAGCCCAUCCUGCACCCCAUCAACAUCCGGGACUCCACCAUGGAGGCCCUCAGCGACGGACACACCGUGUCGCCCGUGAUCCGCACCGCCUACCUGCACUCGCGCCGCGGCGCCCGCACCUACCUCUUCCACUUCGCCUACCAGACAAAGGACAGCGACUACCCACAGCGUCUGGGCAGCGUCCGCGGCGAGGACGUGAGCUACGUGCUGGGCCUGCCGCUGGUGGGCGGCGUGCCCAACUUCCCGCAGAACUUCUCCCGCCAGGACAUGGGCGUCGCCGAGGCCGUGCUCACCUUCCUCACCAACUUCGCCAAGACUGGCGACCCGAACGAGCCCCGUGAGCAGAACACGGACUACGGCACCCCGCAGGAGAAGACCCGCUACCGUGCUCUGCACUGGGACGCCUACGAGACUGGCAACCAGCAGUACCUCAGUCUAGCGCUGAAGCCUCGGAUGAAGAGCCAUUACCGUGGGCACAAAAUGGCCAUCUGGCUGAACCUCAUCCCACAGUUGCACCAGGCGGGCGACGGUGACGUCAGCAUGCGGCACCACAACUUCCACGAGCGCGACGAGUCCUACUACUCGGGUGUGGUGCGAGCGGAGUCAUUCACGCGACUGCCGACGCCGCAGCACGUGUCGACGGCGGCGUCCUACUCUCCCGCGGGGGCGGCGGGCGAGUGCGCGCCCAACGCGACCGGCACGGCGUUCCCGGACGACGGCGACGUGGACACGGUGGACCCGGAGGACGGGCUGGCGGGCGGCGACGGCGGCGACGGCCGGCUGCUGGCCACCACGCAGUACUCGUCCUACACGGCGGCGCUCGGCCUCACCGUCGGCAUCGGCUGCCUGCUGCUCGUGCUGAACGUGCUCAUCUUCGCCGGCAUCUACUGGCAGCGCGAGCGGCGCGCGCGCCGCAGGGCCGGCGCCAAGGACGCGCUGCCCGAGGACGUGCCGCUGGCGCAGCUCACGCCCAACGUCAUCAAGCUGGAGGAGCCGCCGCCCAGGUACUCGCCCGCGCACGCCACCGCCGCCGCCUCCUCCGCCAAGUGCGUCGUGCCGCACAUACACAAGGGCGGCGGCACCAAGCUGAACGCGGUGCCCACGUCGCCGCCCGUGCCGCCGCUCAGGACCUCCAGCAAUCCGCAGCCGCCGGCGACCGCUACCGUCAAGAAGAGGGUCCACAUCCAGGAGAUCUCCGUAUAGCACUUGGAGGAAGGCGGCACCGCCGACUGCGACCCUCCGCCGCCGCCGCCGCCCCCGCGCCGCGGCUCGGUCACGCUCGCCGUGUCGCCUUCGAGGAUCGUCGAAAUCUACGCUACCUGCCCCAGGUCUUCGGCGCAGGUCAAGAAGAGGGUGCGCAUCCAAGAGAACCCCGUGUGACACAGUCGUGUUCACAGGUGACCCAGUGUUUAGGUUGGAGGGCAAGUGCCGUUACAGACGCUCUAAGAGUGUUCCUUCUUUUCUCGUUUAAGCGGGGCAUAUGAUCAAACAAGGCCACUAACUUGUCUCGUGAGUCGUUUGACUCGCCUUCGAAACAACUUGACUUACUCACAUCGCGAAAUAACUGUCUUGAAGAGCAAAAAGGGAUAUUGAUGAGAUGACAUGUUCGUAAAAUAAAAUUAAUGUACUUUGAAGCCAUUUGCUGUUUCACUAUGUAUUCCCUCCUCCUAUGUGUGAGUACAUUCAGAUCCUGCAAAGUGGUUACUAUUCGUUAGGAAUAAUUCUUCUUAUGAAAUCACAGCGAACCAAACGCAAAACGUACCCAUAUGUCGAAAACCUUUAAAGUGACAAGAAGGCGUGGUGAUGAUUAUACAGCGUAACACAAAGAUUCGGAGAUAUUUCAGGGGUGUUUUCUGAGUAUUUUGGUAUGAGUCGAAUAACCGGUAGCUUUGUACUGAUAAUUACAUUAUGAUCAUUUAUCUUGGUAGCUGUUCUACAGCAAAUUCCUGGAGAACAAUCCAAAUGUCAAACGUACACGCUAUAUGUGCCGUGUUUCGAGAAACACACUUAUUCACACACGCUACUUGGAAUCACUUUAAUCUUCACCGGUGACUCUGCCUUCAGUACUGUUUGGUUAUGCCUCGGGUUGCUUUGACCGACAAUGAUUCACAGGAGUAUCAGCUCUCAUUGAUGAGUUACCUAAUAAGUUCUUCGUAUGUGUAUUUACUAAAAGCAACAGACGAGUGUCAACUCGUCACAGAACUAAUAGCUGUUUCAUUAUCUUAUGUUUUAAGAUGAACAUUUUGGUGAUUGAAUUUUACAGGCUUUUCACUGUUCUGAAGGUAUUUUCACUUAAACAAAUAUUGCUAGGGCAAAAAUCGGAAUAAAAUUACAUUAACAUUCCGUAGAGAGCCACCACAGUACACCGGACCAUUAUACCAAAGUACUUACAAAAUAUUCCUCAACAAACUCCAAAAGUUAGUCUGCGGGGCUUAAGUUCACUCUCUGUAAGGAUAUGAUGUCUGUAUACUAAAAAAUGAGUGGUACUUUUUAGCCCUCUUGCGUCCUAAACCGCAGAAAAAUAUAAUACUGUACCAGUAAAGAUAUUUUCCGAUCACCUAACUUCCUUAUUUCUGGUCCAGAAAUGAAGACAAAAUUUUCACUAGGUAAUUUCAGACGCUACUGAUGUCCAGAGAACAUAGCGAGGUAGACAACCACUUGCUGAUUCGAGCACAAGAAGCAAAGAGGAGGACGAAUCACCCGUAUCGUUUUUGAUGGUUACAUACACGUAUCUUCACAUAACGAUGAAGGAUUUAUUCAUUUCAAGAACAAGUGUAAUGCACCACUAAAAUGUUCCCUGUUUUUUAAAUAUUCGUUAACAUUACUUAUUUACGUGAAUAAAUUGCUAUUAGCACUGUUCUGAACAUAAUCUGAUUAAAUUUUUCUCGUAUUUGUAAGUUACACUUAUAUUCAAUUUUUAUCUCCCAACAAAACUUAUAAUCAUUUGCAUCCUUCACUACAAAUAUUUCAUUCACGAUAUAGGACUUAAAAUUAUACUGUGUACAUUCUGCAUGAAAACGUAGCGUAAUGUUUAGUAAUUUCUGGAAUACUAACCGCACGUAAGUUACGAGAAAUUCCGCCGAAUAAUUAUCUGAGUAUGUUCAGUUGGCCCCUUACAACGACGAAGUGAAAUACUUUCUACAAUUCACAGUAUUCCGCAUUUACAAUAUUCAGAGAGAUAAGGCGGUAAGACUCUCAUCUGAUAGCGAUUAAUAUGAAAAUUUAUAACAAGACACAACACACCAUCGGAAUGAAAAAUAAAAAAUAACUCAUUCACUAGUGUGAGCCUGAUCCCGAUUUAAGUUAAGUUCUUCACGUCUUUCUAAAACGUGCCCUGCUUGAAAAUUUUUUGUUAAUUGUCACAGUCAUGUAAUAUUGCAUAAAAGAUUACUUCCAUGAAGCAUUUUCUCUCAUAUUUGAAAUAUCAUCGUGAACAAAUACCUAUAUAUUUUACGCAGUGAUGUUUACAUCUCAAUACAUAUCAGGAAAUACAGAACAAACAAAAUUCUCCGCCAACAAAAAUAGGAAAAUAUUUAUAAAAAAUCAUAUAAACAGCUAAUGACUGACGAAAUAUUAACCGAUAACUUUCAUUCACAUAAGAACUUUAAGAGAGGAUAUGUUAAGAAUCACUUUGGAUGGCUACCAUUUUUCAUUCUAUGUCUAUGAGUACAGUCACUUGACAGAAGGUAUAAUGCAGCAUCUGCUGUACUUCCUGAAAACAUUUGUAGUUCCACUUUCCGUAUAGUAUCAUCAAACAAAAAUAAGACAAAUUAGGGAUUGGUGAGAAGUGCAGAAUAAGCUGCAUAAAACUAUUUCUGCUGCCUAUGGCAGCGAAUAAUUUUACAUAUUUGUUAUACUACUGGACACUAUGUAUGUUCCAAGUGUCGCUAUUUUCUACUUUUGACAAACAUGUACUACGGAUUCUAAUGACGUUUUCAUUCUGUGUGACUUUGAAGUUAAUCAGAUAUGUUCGAAUGAAAGUACAUAAAAAGGAGCGAAACUUUCCGUUCUGAUUUAAUUGGCACAGCUAAAUUUUUCCACUAUUGGUUAUUCACAAGAACCAAAAACUGAAUUUUUGGAAUAUAGUGAACAGACGAGAAUGCGAAAUAGUGUGCUACAUGAAAUCAUAGAUUGUAUCCAUGUUGGUGAUUUAUAUUAAAGAAAUAAAUUUAUUAAUUUUGCUUAUCUGUCAUUAAUCCAUACAGAAAACGCACUUCCACAGAAAUUUCGAGUUUAGUUCAAAUGGAGUGUAUGUCAAGAAAAUUCAUUUACGUUAUUUAGAAAUUUGUUCUGUGAAACAGUAACUUUGUUAUAUAUUUUUGUACUAAAUAAAAUACAUUAUUCAAAUAAAAUACAUUGC